AUGGAGGAACAGCGAAAAGGGCCAACCCUCGCCGCCGCCGAAGCUAGUCGAAACGACGACCGCGAUAAUGAUACUAUAGACGACAUGUCUGUAUGCCGUCGUAAUGGGUUAGAUGCCAGGGUACCGCCCGCAGACGACAUCGUCGACUUGACAUCCCACCAGCUUCCCUCGCCACAUCCCACACCGCCACCGAGUACGCAGCAAAGUAUCGCAUCAACUGUGUCCUCAAACGUCGGAACACCGCUUCCCACAAUUCAUUCCGAUGAGGAUUAUUCUUCCGACGUUUCGUCGACUCGAACUCGAGCUGAUCCCGACCCGAACGAUGCCUCUUCCUUCUCCUCAUCCUCCUCCUCUGGCUCCAUGCCGCCGCCCCUAUCGACCGACGACCCGGCGAAACGAGAAAUAAAUGGGACCAAUACUGUUGCGCAAGGGCGGCCGAUGAGAGCCAGCAAGAGCCAGGAGAAUGUCAGACGGCUGUCGGCUGCGGAAAUCCACCAGCUGACCGACUCUCCCCAUUCCCUUCCAAUAGCCGUCGUCCCGGAUGCGCUGACGACAGACCAUCGCCGUACUGGACGCCUUUCACCUUCCGAGUUGCAGGCAAUCAGGGAGUCGAUAUUAGGAAACUCGGCGUCCGAUCUACGUAGCGAUCUAAGGGAUGGUGACCGUGACAGCACGACCGCGACCUUAAGAAUACCUACCAAUGCGCGCACGCUGUCCACACCGCCGAUUUCUAGAAAUCGAGGUGGCUCGGUACAUUCUUCUCCUCGCCGCAAUUCUUUUCACCCUGUUGGACCCUACCCAAACCUUCAUUCUCUACCGACGACACCUCUCGUUCACCAGAAUCCUUUGCCCUUCCAUCGGCCAGAAAGGAGAGACUCUGCACCCAAGAACCCAGCGCUUGCCCCCGGCACACCCAUUACACCCGUUACACCCAUCCCGGUUCCUCCUGUAUCCUUACCAACUCAUCUGCAACUCGAGCUUGCGGCCCAAAAGCCUAGUCCUCUUUACAUCCAGCGGCCUGCGACCAUCGAUGUUCCCUAUGAGUCCAGCCGGAUCAAGAUUGAGCGUUUAAUCAAUGUGAUCCUACUUCCUCCCUUCCUAGAACGCACCUUGACUAUUGGAGCCCUAGCUUGUCUUGACUCAUGGCUUUAUACCUUCACUAUCCUCCCUCUCCGCUUCUUCAUUGCCGUUGGCAUCUUAUUCCAAUGGUGGGGCCACGUCUUUGCCAAGGAAGUCAAGUGGAUUACGGGCUUCGUGGGAGAUCGACUACUAGGCUCGCUCGGCCAGGAUAUUCUCGAGUGUCUAUUUAGCGCCGAGACUCUUGCGAGAAACAGCUCGGGCCGGUCCAAGGUUCUUAUGCCUCUCGGCAUGUUCGUACUCGCCCUAGUGUAUAACGUUGCCCAUGCCGUCGCGCUCUAUUUCCAAUGCAUCACACUAAAUGUCGCCGUCAACUCCUACUCCAAUGCCCUGUUGACUCUGCUGAUGUCCAACCAAUUCGUGGAGGUCAAAAGCACAGUCUUCAAGCGAUUCGAAAGGGAUAACCUAUUUCAACUUACCUGCGCCGACAUCGUUGAGCGAUUCCAACUUUGGAUCAUGCUCCUCAUCAUUGGCAUGCGCAACGUUGUUGAAGUCGGCGGCCUGUCCGUCCCCGGAGCUGGCACCGGAGACUUGGAACCAUCAAACACACAGCCUUUGCAUAGCCCGACCAUCCUUCCACAUAGUUUCACUAUACUGCCAACCUGGAUAUUGUCCGGAGAAGUUCUUUCACCGUUCUUCAUUGUCAUUGGUAGUGAAAUCUUGGUUGAUAUCAUCAAGCAUGCCUACAUUACCAAAUUCAACAACAUCAAGCGUACCUUUUAUAGCCGAGUCCUCGACAUCUUGUGCAAGGAUUACUACACCAAUGCCUUCACUACCCCAUCCCUUACUCGAAGGCUAGGUCUUCCAGUCCUCCCUCUUUCCUGCCUCUUCAUCCGGGCAUCUUUCCAGACCUACCAUAUGUUCCUAUCAACACGAGUCUCUCCGCCAAUCCCCCCUUCUACCCAUACCUCCUUAACGGAGAAUACCGCCAUUCCUACUUCACCGGCUAUUCUGGCGGCGCUGGAGAGAUUUGAUACACUAAUUCGGGACUCCCUCGGGCGGUCCGUCUACGGCGAUCCCUUCGGACCCGGAGGUCGCAAGAAACGACCGUGGUGGGAAUGGACCAAAGACGAUGCCAUCGCCGCCGUCACGAUGGUGGUCUUCUUCUUUAUCGUAUUCCUCGUCCUCCUCAUAGUGAAGCUUCUCCUCGGGAUGGUACUCCUACACUACUCGCGGCAACGAUAUGCCAAGAUGAAGCACAGGGAACACCAGAUAGCGCAGGGGAAGCUGGAGAGGGAGUCACACCUGGCGCAAGGUAAGAGAUCGGGCGGCUAUGGUCACGUCGAGAUUGGUGAUGAGAGAAGCAAGUGGUUGAAUGCUGAUGAGAAGGAGGGGUUGAAGCGGAGGAAUAAGAAGGAUAAGGUGCAAGAUGAUGACCUAGAGAGAGUCUCAAGCUUUGGCGAGCCGAAUGUGACGAACCAGGAUGACGACCUUGAGACGCAGAGAGAGACUGAAGCGCUCCAGCGCGUGGUAGCAAAGACUGCCGAGAAUAUGGUGGAUAUUUUCGAAGUUGCGCCGCAAGGAGACGGUCGUCAUUCUGCGCCAGCUCCCUUUGCUUACGCUGGCCAGGAGGCUCGGAUGAUGCGAUAUCAGAACCUGCUCUCCAAGCUCGCCGCUCAUGAUGAAGGGGAUGAAGUAGACAACGUCGAAGGAGUGCAGGUCGACUGGCUCACGGAUGAGCAAGACACGAUUGAACUGCAACGCAGUGAGACGACUGCCAAUGGCGAGGAUGAUAAACCCCUCGUAGGUACAUUUGCGGAUGCGGCUGCUGCUAUGAGUUGA